GUGUCGAGACGCGCGGUACCUCCUCGUUCGACCUCGCCGCCGAGCUGUGGCCCGCCAGCAGCUCUAUCGCUGUUGAGAGAGGGCAGCGCGCGCCCGCACCGGGAGCGGCCCUCGUCCGGUACUCUGUCGAGGGCACGCUCCGCGCGAGCAACGCGAAUGACGUCGAUCCGGCCGGCGGCGUGACGAAUGGCAAAAUGGAGAGUACAACGAGCAAUGCGGCGUUCGACGCCCGUGGCGGUAUGCGCGUGCGCCACUCGGCAGCGCGCUACCCUUACCACGUGGAGGAGUCGGAGGAGAAGGACGCGCACUCCUUCCUCCUCUCUGGCGAGGUGGCCUACUCACUGCAGCGGUCGGAGGAGUGGAGGUCCGCGCCGGCAGAGGCGGCGACGGCGGCAAGGGAAACGGCGGCCGCCGCCUCGCUGGUGCUGGGGUGGUCGGUUGACAUGGCCUCUCGCGCAGCCUACAAUCGUUCGACCGGCCCGGACCGCAAGGUCCACUGGGAGGAGGGCAGGGCGACGGCGAUAGUGGCCGCUCCCGCCGCGUGCUUCUCCCAGGAGCUGGAGGCGGCGUCGGGCGACUUGACGCACGCCGCUUUCAAGGACGGCUGCCCCAAGGCGCGAGGCCGCCGCGCGCUCUGCCGACACUUCGACGCGUGCGCCGCCCCGAUGCCGGGGGUGAAUGUGCCGCUGGGGGCGGACGGCUAGAGAGAGGGUGACCGUUUGAGCGCUGAAGAGCGCGGAGGCUCAGAGCCGGAGGAUGGCUGGCUGAAGGACUAUAAAGG